CCGACUUUCUCUUCCCCAUUACCUUUUUUUCCACACAUACAUACAUCGACUCAUUCCCCAUUCUUAGCAAUACAGUAACCGCUAGCUAUGACUACUACAACUGUUAGGAGGUCCUCACGGCUUGUCCAAAAAGCUACUACAAUACUUGGGAGGGCUACUGCCCAGAGUCCCACUACAGCGGCUUCCAAGACUUUAGUUUCCACUCCUACCUCUUUUACCCAAAUGAAGACGGAUAAUACUGUCAUUAAAAAACGGACAAGGCGUUCUAAUAUCAAAACCACAUCCACGUCCGCCACAGAUAUAAACCAAGGAAACGCUGAUUCAGCUCCAAAGUAUAGUCUUGAGAAGAACGCAAAAAAACCGUCACAACGCAUAAAACGCCAAAAGAAGAAUAGUUCAGAAAAAGCGUUGAAACAUGUUGAAAAAGUCAACGAGCAAGUACAGGAGACAGCCAAACGAUCAACAAAGCAAAAAUCCGGAGCAGAGAGGGAAACAAAGGCAACGCAGGCGGUAAAGGCAACAAAGGUAACUAAGAUUAAAGCAAAGAAUUACAAAGAUGUGAUCACAACUGUGCAAAACAGGAAACGAAAGGCAGAAUCCAUUGAGGAAAAUUCUACAGUAGAGUCUUCGCAUGAAGGGCAGGAGCAAGGACAAGUUGUCAAACGUAAACGAGUACGGAAGCCAAACAAAGCUAAAGCGAUGACUAACGAAGGAGGGCUGGAAGGAAUUGCUGAAGAAUCCUCGUUAUCGUUAUUGCAGGGACAGGCCGCUGCUCCACUCCCCAUCAAUCGAACAGAUCCAUGUGUGGUCCUUCCGGUUGAAAUUUGGCACCAAAUUCUGUCACUUAUACCUCUUUCGCAGGUCGCCAAGAUCUCUGUUGUAUCCACUGCCUGGCUUGAUGGCUCACGUUCAUAUCCCUGCUGGAAAUCCAUCUGUGAAAAUAACAAUCUGGGACGACCCAAGAUUAAAUUUCGUUCUCAUAUGGCAAUCGUGUGCUCACGCUCAUUUUGGGUUUGUGACUCCUGCCAUUCAUACACCACAGGUCGCUAUAACGCAUCUGACAUCCCAUUACCUGUGGCUAGGAAGGAUGAUGAUGAAAUGAUUUGGAAUUUAUGCCACCGCUGUCGACUAAUGUACUAUAAUCGAUUUCCAGAGCCACUUCGUGAAGUUGAGGAUCUCUAUGAUUGGCAAGAAAACAAAAUUACAAAAACGAAGGCUUGUGAAACAUAUCAUCUGUCGGAAAACGAUCUAGCAGGCCUCUAUUAUGAAGAACGGGAAAAUCCUCAUUACAGGUACGCUUGGCCGAUGAGGCUAUAUAAUCGAUAUACGAUCCAAAAACGAGCUCUCAAGGUUCAUGCAGGAUGGGUGGGAAUAGAUGCAUUUAAAGCCUCGAUCGCAAAGAAGCGCUCUGCAGCUUUCAAGGUUAGACAAGCGGAAUUCAAAGUGCGCACAUCCCCAAAGCGCAGUGGAGCCACCCAAACCCCAACUCAGGAGCAGACACAGAAUAGCCCCGAGGCCCCUGGACAGGAACAAUGGCAUGAAGAACAACCCAUGUCCAUACUCAGUUCGCACAAUCAACAGCAAACGCCUGCAGCAGUUGAAUCUAAUAAAAACACUAAUCUCAGCCCUACUUCAGAUGAUAAUGGAGCAGUGAUUAACAUUCAGAAGAUCAUUGGUGAUCUAACCGCUCAAGGAGCAGCCAUCAACGGGAAGGAAAAUGGGCUUAUCCUCCUAGAGAUCCAGGCCAAAACACAAGCGGCGCUACAGGUGCUGUGUUCCGAGACUCCUAUAUUCUCUGGCGUUUGAAUUCUGUGUGGCUGUACUUUACUGGACACCAUGCACAACUUCACAUCACCUCUACACACGAGCACGCACGUCCACUAGCACCCGCAUUCAUUCUGACAUGAGCCAACAAAGCAUUAGCAAUGUAGCAUGCAUAUUGCCAUAAUAAUAUUAAAAUAAAAGUGGAAACAAAAAG